AUGGACGAUACGGAUGGGAUAGAUUUCCUUAAUUACGUAUCAUCCGGACAAUGUGAGAGACCUCGCGAACCUGUGUUUGUGAAAGGUUGUGGAGACAUAACAAUUUUUGGGAUAAAUAAUAAAUUCAAGGAAGAAUUCCCCAGUGAACUACACGGUAAAUUGGCUCCUGAAGAAUUUGAAGAAAGCAUACGCAAAAUAAAUGAUCGUUUAGAAAGUUCACUACCUAAUCAUGUUAGGUGGUUUGUUUGCGGGUUGUUAUGUUGUUGUUGUACAGCUGGAUGUUCACUGUGGCCAGUCAUUCAUUUGAGUAGGCGAACAAGAAGAGAUCUACAAAAGAUACUGGAAGCGGAAAAUAUUCGGUUGUAUUGUAACAUUGGUUUACGUUUAUCCCUAGUUAAACAGCGAUCUUCUGAGACGACAACAUUAAUGGAAUAUGUUCUGCGAAUAGAUCACUUACCAAAGGCGUGUAUCUAUUUCCCAGAUUGA